AUUUUAAUUUUAUGAUUAUAAGUAUAAACAUAAGCGAAAAGAUAAUGAUGUUAGUGAUCCAUCCAUCUAUGAUCUAUCCAUGGAUCAAGUGCACUGAACUGCAGAUCAAGAAGCAAAUGCCAUGCCAAACUCUGCAGAGAACGUCGCGUUGUUGACACAUUCUUUUACUCGUCAGUAAACCAGUCUCGUGAUCAGGUUUUUUCGGCUUGGUGUCACCUGGAUCACUACUUCACCAAUGCAAUCUGGUACGAGCAUGACACUGUGACAGGAUGGCAUUUUCCCGGCGUGCAAAACUGGCAUGCGCUAACACAGUCAGCUGUAUUCUGCAAUGCAAGCAACCAAGCAUAACUUGGCCACAUAGGAUACUGCCAGUCACAAUCAAGCCUGGUUUAAUCGUCAGGGAAGGGAACCAGCUCUUGUUUGGUUAUUGCAGAGACUACAGGCUACAGGAUUGAGGCUUCUGCAGCUGAUCAAAAGGCCGAAAUGGAGAUCCAAAGAGGAGCUUCUGAACUGGAGGUGGACGAUAGGGCAGAGCAAGCACAAGCAGAACAGCCAGUGGCGACUGCCGAGUGGAGCCCACACCGACCAAAGUGGUCCCACCCCUUCCCCUUGCCUCAAAGAUCGGGAGGGAGGUGGGGCCCACGCUCGUCGCCACGUGUCAGUGACGUCGUCCUCACUCCUGCCGGCGACAUCCAUGGGCCUUGCUCGCCGUGCAGCCGUGAACUGCCUUUUUCUCCAUGGCAACCAUCUCACACAAGCUGAAGCUCCAUGAUCCAGUGAGGUGCACGCAAUCCACAGGCGAGUGGCCUUGUUAUGAUUUCUUGCAGCUCGAGGUCGACGAAACAGCAUUCAGAAUUUCAGAUCGUCCAGCUUGCAAGCAACCACAACUAUUUCUUCUUCUCGUGUCUUGAGCUGAAAAUUUCUCAACGCCGCAAUGGCCCAUCACUCCCAAGGAUGAUAUUUCGCCUCCGUACCUAGCACCUCCAGUAGUAAACGCGCAAAGAGAUUUCAGAAUAUUUCGCCAGCCGCCAGCAGCUCAGGAGGGAGUGGGAAGCCAGGAAGAAGGCUGUGCGCCUGUGCUGGCGACUGCGCCCAAUGCCUCUUGCAUCUUCACUCCACUCGCUCAAGUGGGAGAGGAGCUCGUGGAAUCUAUAGCUCUUGUGCAGCACUGAUCUGGUUAUAGCCUUGCAAAGUUCUUGAGGUGGUUGGCUGGGGAUUUGGAAUGGGGAGCUUUGUACAGGUUUGGUUUUCUGCGGCUGGGGCAACUCUUCUUGGAGGAAACUGUUCGUGUGUUUCCUCAAGAACUCCGGUGGAACUUGUAUUGACUGGAUUUGCUGUAGAUGCGAGAGUGUUUGAAGUUUUUGGGCAGGGAGAGAUGUGGCUGUUUGGUGGAGGGAUUUGACUGGUUUUCUCUAUGGGAAAUCGUUCUCGACAGCGAGUACCUAAGGAAGCGAUGCAAUCCAUCAAUGAGGAGGCAGACAGCCCUAGCAGGGAAGCACAACCGAGCAGAUACGAUUUGUUGAAAUGUCCAGAUGGAAAAUUGGGAGAACUGCGCCUCGAGCGGAUUCCAAAUUUUCAUUGCAAAAGUUUGCCUUCAAGCCGACGGGGGGCAAACCUAGAUGCCAUCAUGCACAAGCGAGGUUCUUUGUAUCAGAGUUCUAGUGAUGUUAGCAGACUGAGGAAACUACAAGAAGGAAGGAAAAAAUUAGAUUCUGCAUUCAGUAGAGAUUCAUUCAUGUCAUUUGAGAUUGUGGACUCAUCUUCUCAGCCUAGCACAAGUGGAGCCUACCUUUCACGACAACCGAGUCGCUCAGGCAAGGCAAUUUCUUCCAUGGAGGCAACUAGUAAUGUUCAACAGGCUACCAGGGAGUUUCUUAGUCUUUCAUCGCGUAAACUUCCUGAUGAAAAUUCAAGACUCGGAAGGCCACGCAGGGACUGCAAUUUGUUGAAAGAUUGUGCGGGAGAUGGCUUCCUGGAGAUUUCUCUUGAGGAAGACACCAGCGAAAGCGUCCACAGGAGACAGCUAGAUGGAAGCUGUACCAAAGAUACAAGAUCAAAUUGGCAACAUUCAGUUCAUGUUUAUCCUGAUGGGAAUAAGCAUGAUGAAGGUGACGUGGUAAGUAAACUGGCCAAGUCCUUGUCAACAAAAGUUGGUGUUUUUGAUUCUACAUGUCCACCAGAGAAUAUUCAUGGUGCCAAUGGCACCACAAAAGCUCGAUCUAGUCCAUUCAAGAAAAUUUUGGAUCCUAUCAUGAAGUCCAAGUCACUUAGGAAUCCGUCUCUAAUGGAAAAAGAAGAUGCCAAAUAUAGUAGCCUGCCGGUUGAAGGAAAAAGUAGGGUAUCGCGGAGAUCUUUGUUAAGCGGUAACUCAAGGGCUGAACAAAGCCUCACACCUAAUUGCCAGCACAGUAGGGAAGCCCAACAUUUGGCAGUUGCUUCAUCACCAACUCAUCUCCAUGCAGUUCUUAAAUUGGAUCCUAGUAAUGAUGCUUUUGGUUUUGAGUUCUGUACCAAGGACCCGGAAGAAUCCAUUUAUGCUAACACCUGGAAAUCCGGAAACGAGUUGAAUUGGAUUUACACCUUCCAUAGCACAGGGAAGCGAACAAGCACUGUCGGAAAGACCCCAAAGGAUAGACGGGGGUGUUUGCCUCCAAUUGUAGGCCAAAUGCACGUAUCCUCCUAUUUGUACUCUGAAGUUGAACAAAAUGGUGUUCUGAAUAACUCGGCCAUUAGUGAGUUUGUCUUGUACGACAUCGCUCAUGCGAGACGGAGUUCGGCUGUUGAAAGAAUUCAAUGUACAGAUUCCAGUAGACCAAAAUUCUGCAGUACUGUAAAUAAUUCAACAUCUAGGGGUUCUCUAGAGAGGAAUUUGAUGGAGCGGCAAAAUACUACAAGGAAUAACUCGGAUGCAUCAACAUCUAGUCUUUGGUCCCGAGAAGACCUCCAUCCUCAUUUGGAGGUUGCUGCUGUUGUAAUCAAAGUGCCGUUCCACAAAACCCAGUCCAAAGAAUUGAAAGAUGGCUCAUCAUCCGGUACCAUAAAAGUGGCUGCAGCAGGCGGGGCACAUGGUUUACCGAGGGAUGAUGAAACUAGCCCAUCACCUCUACUUGAGCGCUUGAAGAGUGGUGGAGGUUGUGAUUGUGGUGGAUGGGAUAUGUCUUGCCCAAUUGUUGUCCUUGACAAUGCAUAUGAUAGUCAUUGGGUUGAUUCAGUGAUGACUGAAAGCAAGCAUCCUAUGGAACUUCCUUUUCAGGGUAACAAAGAGGCGCUCCCUGCAAUUUCGAUGAAGGCUGAUGGGAAUGGACAUUUUUCAGUGGAUUUCCAUGCACGACUAUCAGCAUUGCAGGCAUUUUCAGUCUGCAUUUGUUUGCUUCACUGCUCUGAAGUUUCUUCAGCCAUUGGUAUUGACAAAUUCAAGCAUAAGCUGUACUCCAGUUCAUUGAAGAUGCUCCUCAAGGAGGAAGUUAAGCAGCUAAUUGAAUCAGUAACAACAAAAGAGAAGAAGAAGAAAACAAAGAGGCGUAAAGAAAGAACACCUCCAUCUAUCGUCCUUGACCCGCCGUUUUCACCCAUGGGAAGAGUGUAAUCAACGGAUCGAUAACCCCAGUUGAACAAAAAGAUAAGAAGUCAGAAUUGUCUCAUUAUGUACAACAUUAGUUGUCAUGAUUUGGUUCUGAUCAUGCUCAUUUGAUGCUCAAUAUGUCCUGUUCAUAAGGAUGGAGGUAACCUUCUUCAGUUUAUAGCAGUAGUUGACAGAUUUUUCCGAGGUUUAUAAAUGGCUGUACCAGUCCUGAAGAGAAUAUGGUUCUUAGUUGAAUCAAUUACAGGCGACAAGAACAUCUAAACCGGAAUGUGGCCCCCCUUUUUUUUUCUGUUUUGUACAUAACAUCACUUUUUUGCGCUCCAUCGUUUCAAGUUCUUUUUGGAGCCUGGCAGAAUGUCUGUAACUGUCUUUUUUACAUUUUAUUUGAUUCCAGCCUGAAGGAGGUGCAAACAGCUAACACUAAUCUGCUGGCCAUAAAUUUGCUUGUUCUGCUUGCACCUGAACUUGCACUGCAUAGCUCCAGAAGUUUUGAAGUUGGGGGCGGGAUUUGGAAUUUGGCAAAACCGCGCCAUUUGGUGCAAUGUCUGCUUCAGCUACUGCAUUGGUUGGUGGCUUGGUGCAUCUGCUGCUGACUUUAGCCCUGAUUUGUCUGCAACAAUGCUCUCCCAUUUCUCACCAGCCAUGACUGGAGACCAAAGAUUGGAUUUGGAGCAUGCAAUUCGUGUCUCUGAUGAGGUUGGAUCUGCAAAAUAUGCUAGCACUAGUACUGGCAGCACUGCUUUGGUAUAUUGGUUUUGGUUUGGUGAUCCCACGAGAAUACGCGAGGGACAAGCAGGUAGUGAUGGGUAUCAGCUGACAAAGACACAGGUUGGACCAUCUUGAGCCUUGACUCAGGUUUGGCCUGACUCUGAUAUUGAGCUCCAUGCUGCUGUCCUGCCUCUGCCUUUUUCUGCAUCUCUAUUUAUUACUAACCUCACUUCUUUUCCAACCAACAUGGAGCAACCUGUUGCUGGUACAGUAAUUACUAGCUCCAUGAAGGAUGACUCCUUUUCCAUAUGGUACUGCAUGAAUUGCUAGCUGCAUGAAAUGAAUUGAUUCCAUUUUCAUGAUAUGGUACUACAGCAAUUGCUAGCUCCGUGAAUCGACUCCAUUUCCUUAUAGUGCUACAGUGCUAAUUGAUAGCUCCAUGUAUUGAUUUCAUUUCCAUAUGGUGGCUGUCAGUGGGUCACUGCGUUGGCUGCCUACUGGAAUCAGAAUGAACAAAUUUCUGAACUUUUUCGCAUAUCAGGUUCAGAAUGAACAGGUUUCUAAAUGUAUUUUUUUCCUGGCAGAUUCUGAACGAACAGGUUUCUUGAAUGUUUUUUCUCUAUCA